UCCGGUUUCGGUGUCACCAAUUUGUAAGACGUGGAAUGCAUUUAUAGAUAAAAAUCAAAUUCUGUGUAUAUUCCAGCUGUUGUUUAUUGAUCUGAGGUGCACAUUUCCCGCGGAAAGUAUCAGCCUGGAAAGUCAACAGGACACAAAGCUUUUAGACAUCCUGGAAACUUGCUACGGAUUUCAUUUUUUAUCGAUCUCACCAAAACCAAGCUGACAUAAAUUUCGGCUGAUUGACUCGAGUGACAAGUGUGUCGCAUUGAAAAUGUACGCGUGUUGUCAUUAAUGGUCGUGAGCAAUAAAAAAGUCAUGGAAGAGUGAAUGGUGACGAUUGAAGAAAUGAUGUGAUUUUUUCUGCAAACUUUGUUGGGACAUUUGAACUAGAACAGGAUGGUCAGCCGAGCCCGCCUCCAUUACUGUAAGAUAAUUCUGGCCACCUCGCUGGUAUGGUUCCUGCUGGACGUCUUCAUCUUGAUGUACUUCACAGACUGCGCAGCUAACAGCGCCAACACGAACUGCAAGGAACACGGGGGAGUGGGGGAAGUAAAGAGAAAGUCUGACGGUGGGGGAGGGGGAAUUCUGGAUAGAAUCCUCCCAAAAGGUAUCAUUCAGCGAGUUCCGACGGGCCCUGGAGAGAUGGGAAAACCCGUGGUGGUCCCCUCUGACAAGCAGAAAGAGGCAAAGGAGAAAUUUAAAAUUAACCAGUUUAAUCUGGUGGCCAGUGAGAUGAUCUCUCUAAACCGGUCACUCCCAGACUACCGAAUGGAUGCCUGUAAAAGAAAACAGUAUCCCCCCAAUUCCCAGCUUCCCGAUACCAGUGUAGUAAUUGUAUUCCAUAACGAAGCCUGGACGACGUUACUACGGACUGUACAUAGUAUUAUAAACCGGUCACCACGGGAACUACUUAGAGAAAUCCUACUGGUAGACGACGCCAGUGAAAGAGAAGAGUUAGGUAAACAAUUAAAGGAGUAUAUUGCCACUUUACCAGUUCCUACCCAUGUAAUCAGGUCAGAGGAGAGAACAGGUCUUAUUAGGGCAAGGUUAAAAGGUGCAAAGCAAGCCAAAGGAAAGGUCAUAACCUUUUUAGAUGCACAUUGUGAGUGUACACAGGGCUGGUUAGAGCCCCUAUUGUAUGAAAUCCAUAAGGAUAGGACGGCUGUGGUGUGUCCUAUCAUCGACGUCAUCAGUGACGACACGUUUGAGUACAUCACCGGCUCAGACAUGACCUGGGGAGGCUUUAACUGGAAACUGAACUUCCGCUGGUACCCCGUCCCCCAGAGGGAACUAGACAGGAGGGGCGGGGACAGGAGUAACCCCACAAAAACUCCCACAAUGGCCGGUGGACUGUUUUCUAUAGACAGGGACUACUUUUAUGAAGUGGGAUCUUACGAUGAAGGAAUGGAUAUAUGGGGAGGGGAGAAUUUAGAAAUGUCUUUCAGGGUGUGGAUGUGUGGUGGCAAGGUGUACAUUGUCACCUGUUCAAGGGUGGGCCACGUGUUCAGAAAAACCUCGCCUUAUUCCUGGCCAGGGGGCGUGGCCCGCAUUAUCAAUCACAACACACAGCGUAUAGUCGAGGUGUGGAUGGAUGAAUAUAAGGAUUUCUUCUAUAAAAUUAAUCCAGGGGUAAGGAGUACAAGUUAUGGAGAUGUAUCAGAAAGAAAAUCUCUGCGAGAAAAACUACAUUGUAAAAGCUUUAAAUGGUAUCUAGAGAACGUUUACCCUGAAUCUCAGAUGCCUGUGGAGUACUAUGCUUUAGGAGAGAUAAGAAACAAGGCCACGGGUCAGUGUAUAGAUAGCAUGGGUCGUAAGAGCGGAGAGAAAGUUGGACUGGUCCAGUGUCACGGAAUGGGCGGGAACCAGAUUUUUUCUUACACAAAAAAGAAAGCAUUGCAGACAGAUGAUGUAUGUCUAGACGUAUCAUCACUGCAUGGGCCAGUUAAGUUAUUCCAAUGCCACGGUUUAGGGGGAAAUCAAAAAUGGGAGUAUGAUCAGAAGACCUCUGAGCUGAAGCAUGUGAACAGUAAGCAGUGUCUGGGAGCAGCUGGACCAAAUGACAAGGACGCUCCAUCUGUCGGACCAUGUGAUGGUAGUGCCAGGCAAAAAUGGCUUCUAACCGACAUGAAAUUUUAGAGGAAGACAGAGACUUUUAUUCUGCCGUAGUGUGAUAAUCAGCGAUAAACGUCCGUGUUCUCAAACCAAUCUCAUCACCAUGGGGACCAGAGGUCAAGGUCAGCCAAUCAAAUUACAGAGUCAUUCUGUGUCAGAUUGUGUGAAUAUAUCCAGAUUGGUGCUCAGAUUUCUAGUCAUCUGAUUAUGUGUGUCAGGGUCAUCUGAUCUUAACCUUUGACCUUGAUCUGACUUUGUCUGUUGAGAAAUGAUUUCUGGAUAAUUUUUAAUUGGAGAGUCAAAGACUUUGGUCUUAUAUAUAUUGAUGUUGCUAGAGGAUUUUUUAAAUUUGUUAUUUUCUUAUAUUACUCUAUUGCAUCAAUAUGAAACUUGUAAAAAUGUGUGAAUAUUAAAGUUUGUGGAUGAUUGCUUUUUAACAAAGUUAAUUUAGCAGUGUGAUGGUUUUGUUUGUAUACAACAUGUAGAAUUUGUAAAUUGUGUUUGUUAUGUGUUUUACUGAUUUUAGAAGUGAAAUACUUAGAUUUACAGGAAAUAAUCAGAAUGUGUGUUAAAAUUAUAUUAAUUUAUUGAAGCACAUUUCAUGUUUGUUUACUUAGAUUUCAGAUUUUUCUGUGAAAAUGUUGGGAGAUUUAUGAAUGAUGCAUAUGAAUUAAUGAUUUUUUACUUUGUUUCACUUUUGUUUGUAGCUACAAUCAGUUUAUUAACCUCUUUAUUUAGAUUUCAGUUUAAUAUUAAUACAUUUUACUUUUGUUUAUCAUAAAGAGGGGGUUGGGGAGAAUUGAUGUAUAUUUUAAGAUUGUAGGCUGAUCAUAAAAGAGGGUCCUAUAUCAAGGGUUGCCUAUGUUGUAUAGUGUGUGUGAUAUGUAAGUAAGAUGUACAUUUAGUACGUACUCUCAUCAUUCCAAGAAGUGGAGUUAUAGCUCAGAGUAUGUUUACAGUAUUAUAUUGUAUUGUUUGUAUAGAGGGUUUGCACACACAAAAAGGUUAUAAAGUCUAUUAUUUUUCGUUGGGAUAGAUAUUUUAUUUUGUAUAACUCUGUCGUGUAAUCAAUCAAAUCUUUAAAGGCAGUUUUCUGAGCAGAAUUUGUCUAUCUUUUCACAUUUUUUGAUAAACAUUCUCUAUAUUUACAAGCUAAUGGGUGAAUAUUAAAUCUGAUUAAAGGCACUUGAUAUCAAGGGGGGCUUUUCCAAACAUAUCUUUUACUGAUGAAAAUAAUCAUUAAAAAUGCCGGGGAUGAACAGCUUUGAUUAAUUUUUCAUGGAAUCGGUUAUACCAAUAAUACUCUCUAUUAAAUUCAUAGUUUAUGUCAAACAUCAUUUUGCUAUAAGUGGGAAUUCAUGAUAAGCAUGAUCCAUUUGGGUAUUUUUUAAAAACAAUUUAUAUCUUAUUUUUUUUCACCCUUUCUCCAAACCCACUCAAUUCUAUCAGUUCCCCAUCACCGUCUCUGACCAGGAUGUCUCUGAGUGAUGUGUUUG